AUGUCUGCGCCUAACGAAUUCCGUGUCCCCACUGUUCCAUGUCCCCACUGCCCUCGUAAAUGUCUCUCAGCAGCAGGCCUCCUCCGUCAUGUCAAUGUACAGCAUCGCAGCAUUUCGGAGGAUAUCCCAGAUCCAAACCUCCCUCAAAGCCGCCCUCACCCCACUGCCACCUUCAUCUCGCAUCCACAUUUGAACGCGCGUAAAACUUCUGCAAGUGGAGCCUUUCUUUUCGAUGGCGACUCUCCCCCUCCACCCCCCACUGCCCCACCUGCCCAUACACCUGAGGCAUGGGCCCCCUUCCAGUCACGCGUGGAGUUCGACUUUGUGUUUGACCACUAUGUCAAGGUGGAGUCAUCAGCUUCCGACAUACGGAGUUCCCUCGACUUCUGGGAUGCUGUCCUUGCGCCCCACGGAGAUGCAGCACCAUGGCGAAAUGAAAAGGAGCUCUAUGAAACAAUCGAUCAGAUUCCCGAUGGCGACAUCCCUUGGAAGGUUUACAAGCUCAAGUACAAUGGCCCCCUCCCUCGUUCCCCUCCGAAGUGGAUGACAGAGACUUACGAGCUCUGCACCCGCGACUCCCGUGCUGUCCUCCAUCAUCAGCUUGCGACGCGUGAGUUCAGGGAUAAGAUCAACUACUCACCAUAUCGGCACUUCAACGACGAUGGCAAACGUGUCUUCUCAAACCUUAUGUCCGGUGAAUGGGCCUGGCGUCAGGCGGAUGCUCUUGCUGAAGAUCCGCAGAACCACGGGGCGAUGUUCGUUCCUGUCGUAGCCGGCAGCGACAAAACAACAGUUUCUGUGGCUACGGGACAUCAAGAGUUCCACCCGGUUUAUGUAUCGCCAGGCAACUUGACGAAUACGGCUCGUCGAGGGCACAGCAACUCCGUGUUGCCUGUUGCCUUCCUCCCCAUCCCUCGGACCAAGCGACGCCAUCGGAACAAGCCCGAGUUCCGGACCUUUUGCCGCCAACUAUAUCAUGCAGCACUUCGUCGGGUGUUCAAGCCACUUGAAGCUGUGAUGGAGACUCCGGAGGUCGUCAAGUGCCCUGACGGGCAUUUUCGCUGGGCGGUGUAUGGUCUCGGUCCUUAUAUCGCUGACUACCCUGAACAAGUUUGGCUGUCGGGGAUAGUUCAGGGAUGGUGCCCUAAGUGCAAUGCAAAACCACACGCGUUAGACGAUCCGGGUGCUCGGCGACGAACACGUGAGAAAACGGAUACUUAUUGUUCGCGUCUCCCGACGAGCAUUCUGUGGGAUGACUACGGAAUAAGAGACGAUUACCGCCCAUUCAUGCACCACUUCCCCCGCGCCGACAUCCAUGAACUCCUGUCACCCGAUCUUCUACAUCAAGUCAUCAAGGGGACGUUCAAGGAUCACGUCGUCGCAUGGGUCAACACGUACCUUAAGGCUGUUCAUGGUGAGACACAGGGAGGUGCUAUCAUUGACGAAAUUGAUCGAAGUCUUGUGCCUCCAUUCCCCGGUCUACGUCGAUUCCCUGAUGGUCGAGACUUCGAGCAGUGGACCGGUGACGACAGCAAGGCCCUCAUGAAGGUCUACUUACCAGCCAUUGCCGGAUUCGUCCCCACCGAUAUGGUCCAGUGCCUCUCGGCAUUCUUGGACUUCUGUUACAUUGCACGGCAGAACAGCCUGUCGGCUGAAGACCUCGACAAUCUCGAUGACGCGCUUGCACGCUUCCAUCGCCUACGCGACGUGUUCAUUCGCGCAGGUGUACGGCCCAAUGGCAUCUCCCUCCCACGACAGCACUCACUGUGCCAUUAUCGCCACUCCAUCGUCCUCUUCGGAUCGCCCAAUGGGCUGUGCUCCUCCAUCACCGAGUCGAAGCACAUCGUCGCCGUCAAGAAGCCAUGGAGACGCUCGAGCCGCUUCAAGGCAUUACAUCAAAUGCUCCUCAUCCUCGUCCGACUCGACAAACUCCACGCAGCAAGGCGUUCAUUCGAAGAGCGGGGAAUGAUGUUUGGCACCACAUCAGGUUACCAGCGUCUGCUUCUCAGCGGCAACACACCUCUUCCACCUACCGUUCGGCUCAAUGCUUCGGUUGACGCAGAGGAAGAGGAUCACGCGCCUUCGACGGGCCCAAAGGUCCUAUCGUCUAUUGAGCUAUCACGUACACGAGAACAGGCACGAUUGUAUCCGCGCGAUCCUCACGCGCUCGCUGGUGUCAUUGGCCAGCCCCGGCUUCCUGACCUAAUCCAACGCUUCCUUUUCGACCAGUCAAAUCCCGACCACGACCAUACAAGCCACCCUAUCGCGAUCAAAGACUGCCCCGAUGCUCUGGGCCCCAUUUAUGUCCACCACUCUGCCAUCGCUCGCUUUUGGGCACCAAGCGAUUUCUGCGGGGCGGGCGGGAUGCAUCGCGAGUGGAUUCGAUGCAAUCCCGCCUGGCGCAACCAGUACGCGCGCCACGACACCGUCCUCAUUGAAGUCGAUGGCGAACAGCCCGGAAUGCGGGGAAUGAUGGUGGGCCGAGUUUAUCUCUUUUUUUCGUACGAAUACGACGGUACGACGUUCCCCUGCGCCCUCAUCCAUUGGUUUACGACCAUUGGAGACCGCCCUGAUCCCACUACCGGCAUGUGGGUCGUUCGCCCAGAGUAUCUGGGGAACCAAGCCCAUAUGGCUGUUGUUCAUCUGGACUCCAUAUCUCGAGCUGUUCACCUUAUACCUACCUACGGUACCGCAUCACUACCUGAAGAUCUAGAGUUCUACGAUUCAUUGGAUGCAUUCCGUACAUUCUACGUUAACCGUUGGGUCGAUCAUCAUAUGCAUUCAUUCAUGUAUGGCGAUGGCUAG